GUCGCAAAGCAUACACCAACUUGUCACUCCAACCAAACCACACCUCUCAACUGCGAUCGAAAUCUCUCCAUCGCAAACCUCAACCCAACGCACGCAUCAUGGCCUCACCAGCCACCGAGCCCGCACAAAAAAGCGCCUCCAACCCACCACAACCAGCACCAGCACCAACGACAACGACCACACCAGCACCCACUCACACAACCCUCCCCUCGGACCCCCAACCCACCAGCACAAGCGAUGACGGUCUCUCCCGUCGCCCGCGCGACGCGCGUCUAAUCCAUCUAAUCCUCUCCGCCCAAGGCGUACACAGCUACCAAGAACGCGUACCCCUCCAACUCCUCGAUUUCGCCUAUCGCUACACCUCCUCCGUGCUCGCCGACGCCUUUCGCCUCAGCUCAGAGGGCUAUGCGAGUGCGCCUGGUGCACCCACGAAUGCAAAGCGCAGUGAAGCUACUGAUGGGAGCAAUAUCAGUGUUAAUGCGUUGAGGCAGGCUAUUGCGAGUCGACAGGAUUAUCAGUUCCAGGGUGCUCUGCCAAAGGAGUUUAUGAUGGAGCAGGCGGUGGAGAGGAAUAGAGUGCAGUUGCCCAAGGUGCAGAAGAGUUGGGGUGUGCAGUUGCCGCCGGAAAAGUAUUGUCUGACGGGUAGUGGGUGGAGUCUUAGGGAUUUGUGGGAGGAGGAUGAGGUUGUGGACGAGGAUGCUGCAAAGAAAGAGGGCAAUGGGGAUGUGAGGAUGGAAGGGGUGGCUGAGGCCAAGGUGGAUGGCGCAGAGGAAAAGGAUGCGAUGGAUAGUUUUGAAGAUGUCUUUGGAGGAGGUGCGCAGGGCGAUGGUGAUGGGGAUCACGAGAUGGCAGAGGCUUGAGGGAUGCCAUCAAGUCAACCUGAGCAUCACGGACAAAGGACACGAAGUCAUGCAUGUCACAAAAGGCGUUUUGGGAGGAAGGCGCAUGGGUACGGGAUACAUUAUACCCUGCAGAAAGGACAUAUAGGUCAAGCUUCUUGCAAGAAGGCAAGUCAUAUCAAACACAGAGCAUUCUCAAGCUAUCAACGACCAGGCACUUGAAGAUGAGAUGAUUUUGCUUGUCAUGCUUUGUUCAUUGUGGACCUAGUGUCUUCAGACUUUCAACCGUGUUGAUUGAUCAGAACCUUCAGUCCCGGCUCUUGACUCGUCUGCUCCUUCGCGGGAUCGAAAAGGCAGCGAAUAGAGACUCAUCACAUUGACCAGAAGAUCGAAAGUC